GGAGCUGUAAUUCAUCGGACGUGCGUCUGAGGAUUCCCCAGUCUUCCUUCUUGCGCGAUACUGUCCAAGAAGAGAGGGUGCUCCAGGCACACUACACUUGUCUCCUAUUUUCCUCGUUCGUCAGCCUAAGACGUUCUGUCUCAGAUAAUAAUGAAUAAUACGACCUGACUCAUAGUCACUUCGAUUUGCAGUGUCCCACUACUGCGCGAUCAGAACGCUUCUUCAGCGAGGAAAACUGUAAACGUGUGUGUUUCGAUAAAGAACUGGUCAGUCUCGCGAAGGUUCAGCAAGGCCGUGAGAGCGUAUCUCCAAGGAUUAGCACGCUGAAUAUCCGGUUAUCGCAGUGUGUUGGAUUCUGUUAAGGAUUUUGAACUAUUGAGAAACGCUUCGCCAGAAGUGGUUCGCCAGAAAUUCGCCUUGAAAGAGAGUGCCUCGAAAAUAAAUAUUAAAUAAUACCUAAGUAAAUAAGAAUAUGUAAACUAGAAGAUAUUAAAAAAGUAUAACUCAACGCACUUAAAACAUAUUCUAGAUGUCAAUAGAAAAAAUGCAGUAUAGUGAUUUUAUAAAAACACAAAAAAUAAUUGAUAUUAAUAUUAAAGAAAUAUAAUAAAUCAGAGUAAAGUGAAGGUGGACAUCCAGUUGUACACAGAUACGCUUACUGCAUAUUUUUAACCAAGUCAAGAGUGUUGUCCAGUAGAAACGUUGCCGAAUUAUUAAAAAAUUUGUUAACAGAUCCUCACAAAAUGGCUAAGAUGUAUAUCUUGAUCGCAUUACUGUCGCAGCUGCUUUUUACGCUAGUACAAGGACAGCAAUCUCCGUGUCCUCAAUAUUUCAGAUAUAUAAUCAAACCGGGAACAGACGAAACGAUAGGACAGAUUGAAAUCCAGUCUCCGCCAAAAGUUAGCGAACUCCAUUUGAAAGUGAGUUUAAAACUCACUGCUGAAUUGCCAACGAAAAAUUAUGGUCAACUAAAAUUAGCACAAUCGACCGAAGACUCUGCUCAAGCUGUUUUACAGGGCAGGAGUUUAUUAUAUCAUAUUUAUUUCCCUUUACGCCAACCACUUCCAACAUUGACCUCGAUAUGGUUCAAUGGCAAAAAAUAUUGUACGGGUUCCGAUACAACAGGAGGUGUUAUGACUACUAUUACUACUAUCACGUUGGAACGUACUCUGUAUCUGCCAAAUAUGCCUUCGCCAAAUUCAGAACCGAAUGAAUCGCAUCGGAACUCGACACCAAAACCAGAACGUCAACAGAGUAUUCCGAGGAAAGCCACCGUCACUUUUCCUCAAGAUAAUGGCAACAUAUUGCUAAAUAUGCUUCCGAACCAACCCGGACAAGUUUCACAAUAUAAUAAUAACAACGUAUUCCUGAGGAAACCGACCUCAGCUCAAGCAGUCUCACAAUAUGAUUUUAAUAAAAAUAUAUUUCUAAAACCAUCUUUAAAUAAAAUUCCACAUAACAAUAAUAAUGUAUUCCUAAAUCAGUCCUCUAAACUUCAGCCAAACCAGUCACCUAAACCUCAAUCAAACCAGUUUCCAGCUAAACCAGUUCCUCAACAUAAUAAUAAUAAUAAUAAUAAUAAUAAUAAUAAUAAUAAUAAUAAUAAUAAUAAUGAAUGUGGCAUCAGCAGCCGCUCUGCAAAUACAAAUCUUUUGAUCGCUAAUGGACAGGAAACAUUGCCUGGCGAAUGGCCAUGGUUAGUGGCACUUUUCAUCGUUACAAAUCGAUAUGAAUUUCAAUGCGCUGGAACCAUUCUGACAAAUAAACAUGUCCUAACAGCGGGGCAUUGUUUGAAGACGAACUUUGAAAGCAACGAAACUAUACUUCCUAAUGUAUUGACUGUGGCAUUGGGGCGAUUUAAUUUAUUCGGAUUCCGCGAGGUGGGAACCAUAAAUCGAGAAGUCGCAAGUUAUACAAUUCAUCCCGAUUAUACCCAUAAAACUACCGGCGAUUCCGAUCUGGCGAUUUUAAACCUCAGAAAACCUGUGGAAUAUAACCAUUUCAUCAAACCUAUUUGUCUGUGGUCCGGUUCAUCUGAUCUUCACGAUAUCGUCAGUAGAAGGGGAUACGUCGUAGGAUGGGGUAAAGACGAAUUCGGUCAUCGUUACACCGAUCAUCCACGGAUGGCGAUAAUGCCGAUAGUCAGUCUGGAGACCUGUCACUGGAGUUAUCCAGGUUUCGUCAAACUCACCUCGAAUCGUACCUUUUGCGCCGGUAUGCAAGAUAGCGGUCCUUGUAACGGUGACAGCGGGAGCGCGCUUGUACUUUUUGAUAAUACCACAAACCGUUAUCUGUUGCGUGGUGUUGUUUCACGGACAGUGUUUAACCAUGAACGAGUAUGUGAUCUCACGAAGUACACCGUCUUUGUCGACGUGGCUAAAUAUCUAGUUUGGAUUCAACAGCAGAUAUCUACAACGUAAUGAUAGUGUUAUUUUAAAAUGCAAAAUAUGCUAGACAACACUUUACAUAAAAUUUAUUUGAAGCUACAACACUUAAGGGAGCAUUGACAAAUGCAUACUACUUAAACUAUGUUUUUAUUAUAUUUUCUAUUACUGAAUUGUACGCAAAUAAACAUUGGAAAUUGUAGUUUGAUA